AUGAAGGAUGGCAGUGGCGAGUCGGAACGCGAGGCCGCAAGUGCGCAGCAGGCUAGUGUCGCGGAUGCGCCAAGAAUCACCGACGGAUCUGUAGGGGAUAGCGAUCAAGACGCCGAACCUCUCGAGGUGACGUUUGACUCGUCGAAUCCCUACAGACGCAAGAGCUCUCUGGUGUCGUCGGAAGCUGCCCUGCCCGACGCGUACCGGGCCGCCAGCCGCCGCGACCAAUGCCUCGUCCACCAGCUGCUCGACAUGAGACGCCUCACGAGCGCGCCGGCGGGCGACUCUGCGCAAAGGAGCCACCACCACGUGCACCCGGUCCACGCGCACCCGGUCCACGCGCACCCGUCCCGCGCUGGCCCCGGGGAGCACGACGAGCACGUCUUGGACAUGACCAAGGAGGAGCAUCAGCGGAACGCCGUCCAGCCGAAACAUCGGCCGAGACAGCCGUGCCGGGUGGAGAUUGACCCGACGAGCCUCGACGGCGACCAGAUCGGACAGGCGGACCAGGAGGCAUGGGCGCGCGAGAUGACCAAGAGCAUGUCGCAGAUGGACGUGACGAGCUACGACGACGACGACGUCGUCCACAGCCGCAUGCUCACCAAGAAGCAGCUCACCGACAUGGCCUGGGGGGUGCGCGGGCUGAGCCGGCGGCUGAGCAGCAUGCGGAUCCGAUUCCGCGUCAGGACCAUCUUCCUGCUCACCAAGCUCCACGACCAGGACCUGAUACCGAAAGCGCGCGAGCUGACCGCCUGGCUGCUGGGCAAGGACCGCGACGCGCCGUACGUCGUCUACGUGCAGGACAAGCUCAGGACGAGCAAGAAGUUUGACGUGGCCGGCAUCGUGGACGACGUGGCCGGCGAGUGGGCGGGUGCGGCCGACGGGCACGCCGCGGACAUGGCGACGGCCAGGGCGGGCGUCGAGCGGCGGCUGCGGUACUGGGACGAGCCGCUGUGCAGGUCGCACCCGCACGCGUUCGACCUGGUCAUCACGCUCGGCGGCGACGGAACGGUGCUGUACGCGAGCUGGCUGUUUCAGCGCAUCGUCCCGCCCGUGCUGAGCUUCGCCCUCGGCAGCCUGGGAUUCCUGACCAAGUUUGACUACGAAGACUACGAGCGCAUCCUCGGCUCGACCUUUGCAAAGGGCGUCACGGUGAGCCUGCGCCUCCGGUUCGAGAGCACCGUCAUGCGAAGCAUCAGGCGAAGGCACCCCGACGACAACGACGACGACAAGGAAUCCGGCGAGGACGACGAGCACCUCCACCUCCACCGACGGAGGGACCUAGUCGAGGAGCUGAUUGGGGAAGAGAGGGAAGAUGACCACACGCACAGACCGGACGGGACGUACGAGAUACUCAACGAAGUCGUCGUCGACCGCGGGCCCAAUCCAACCAUGUCGACGGUCGAGAUAUUCGGCGACGACGAGCACUUCACCUCUGUGCUCGCCGACGGCAUCUGCGUGUCCACGCCGACCGGGUCGACGGCGUACAACCUGGCGGCCGGGGGCUCGCUCUGCCACCCCGAGAACCCCGUGAUGCUCGUGGGCGCCAUCUGCGCCCACACGCUCUCGUUCCGGCCCAUCAUCCUGCCCGACACCAUCGUGCUGCGCGUCGGCGUGCCCUACGGCGCGCGCACGUCGUCGUGGGCCAGCUUCGACGGGCGCGAGCGCGUGGAGCUCGCGCCGGGCGACUACGUGACCAUCAGCGCGAGCCGGUUCCCGUUUGCGUCGGUGCAGGCCGAGGGGCGGCGCAGCGAGGACUGGGUCAACAGCAUCAGCGGCAAGCUGGGCUGGAACACGAGGCAGAAGCAAAAGGAGUAUAAGCAGUGGCAGUGA